CCAUUGACUGAACUGUCAAACUGAACAGCAAAUAUUAUUUUUUGGACACUUUGCUCUCAGGUCGACGCCGCGUAAAGCAGACGUCCUGCUCCACACACCAUCCGACAAUUGAUAGCUGCUUAGCAAGCGGGCUUCGAGAAGCGGACAAGAAUGCUCGAUAGCCAAAUCGGGGUCGAGGUUUCCAAUUUUCCUGAGGUGUCGCAUUCGCAGUCAGACAGUAGAAGGCGAAGCCCGGAGCCCGUAGCCCGUAGCCCGGAGCCCGGAGCCUGCACGGCUGCCAUUGUCCAUUGUCUGUGCGUCCAAUUGUGCAAAUUGAAAGAAAAAAUGAAACAAAACAAGAAAAUGAGAAUGAAAAUGAAAACGCAAAUGCAAAUAAAAACGUGCUGUAAAUCAACUCGAGCCGGUUCGUGUGCUGUCCAAAAUAACAGAAUUAAUUAUAAUUUCGACAAUGAAAGAAAAGGAACGCUCUGCUCCAGCGCCCUUCGCCCAACUGUGAGUGCGCCCAUACACACAUCCGCACACACAUACACAUCCGCACACUCAUACAUGCAUAUCUAAAUGUGGAUUACAAUUUCGCGUGUGAUUUCCAAGCCAAGCUAAAAGUUGACGUUAACAAUACUUUCGGGUCGGCUCGAAGUGCCGUUGGCUUGCCUUGUUUGUGCUUUGCUUUCCGAUUCUGUAAUGCUUCGCGGUCGCUGCUCUUGGGCUGGUUCCCGGGACCAUCCGUGCUUUGUGCUUCUCCCAACCUGCGUCUGUCCGUCCAGCGAGUCGCGUUCGUCGGUUUCUCUGGGCGCUGGGCGUGGAUUCAAUUAUACUGAUUUGUUGCCGCCAUUUUUGACAUUUCGGACGUUAAUAGUGGAUCUGAUUUAUCGUACAAUGCUUCUCGUGCAAGUAACUUAUAUCCAACUGCCUCGGCUGACUCCUCCAGGUGACUAUAAAAAUGUGCUUGUAGAUCUACGAAGUACGAAGACGAAGUAGCCAACGUCUUGUCAAGAAGAUAAAUAUGCUAUAUAAAAAACAAAUUCUGAUGAGCUGAAGACUACAAAAUGCCGUCGGAUAAAACCAAUGGCGACGAGCCAAGAACCUGCUUUGAAUGUGAGAGCAGACGGCCAUGAAGCGCCGACGCAAUCAAAUGGAAUGAAGAGAACGCGUUGUCAUAGCAACGGCAACGGCAACGGCAGAGGCAGAGGCAGUGGCAGCCAUCUUGGAUGUGAGAGGGAACCGCCAUGGAGCGGCCAUGCUGGCAUGCUGGCGAGCCACCGGCACUCACCUGCGGCGGCGGCUAUUGUGAAGUUCUGUAACGUGACUGAAAUAUCGGUACCAGAAAAAUGUUGUUUUUGCUUGUGCGGCGCUUUUGAGGCUCUGCCAGGCCGCGUUGCCGCAGCUGCGACACUCGCGGCUAGCGCUAAGCAAGUGCGCCUGCGUUGUGCCCGGACCGCGACCUCGUCUGACAUAGGACGGAAUGGAGACGGAAACAGAGACGACGGCAGCGACGUUUUCGAGUUGGAUAUUCGUGCGCGGCCCCCCUGAGGAGCGAACAUGUGCGACGACAGCUGCUACGGGUGAGUCUAUGCCACAUGCGAA